AUGAAAAAGAGAGAAACAAGAAGAGAAAUAGAUUUACUUUCCAAUAUCCCGCGAGUUUCUUCCGGAGCGGUGCUUCCCCUGCUGAAAAGCAUGGAAAAGUACUCGGUGGACUACAACGGCCUAAUGGAGGAGUACGAGGGCGGGGACAGAAGCACGAAGUACCUGUUUCUUCUCGCUGGAAACAACGACCCAGCUGUCUACCAGCUAAUCCCCCUGUUUUGCAAGCACUUUGGGAUUUCCGUGUACAUUGUGGAAGAGUUUGUGCGCAUAAAAGAGAAAGUACCUGUUUUUAUCCGGGUAAAAGACGGGGACGCGGAGGAAGACGCACUUUUGGAGCGCCUGAAGGCGUAUGGGUGUGCUUAG